AACUGAGAGCACAGUGAAGGCAGGAUCUACCUAACGAUUGUCGACAUUUUCGAAGCCCUUUCCAUCUUUGUUAUCAUCGAAACUCCUAUAAUCUGCAACCUCCACCGUUCUUGUUUCCAACCCAUUUAAUUCUGUUUGAUUUCUCUCCGGGAAAACCCUGGCCUUCUCUUUAACUGUUCCAAAUCCCCUUCUCUCUGCAUUGGCGUUUUCUGUCGCAAAAAUAUCUCGAUUCUCUUCUGUGAGAUACCAGUUCCUGAAGAUGGCAGCUGCAGCUUCUAACAUUCAGAUAGCGACACUAAAACACUACCAAUUGCCCUCAAGGAAAGGCUUCAAGCCAUUUGGAACUACCCUUAGUGGCAAUUCUAAAGCUCCAUCAUUCGCUAAGCUUUCGAGUUCUAGCAAUAUAUCAUCUUUACCAUUUUUCCAGCAGAGGUUCGUCUCGUCUUCAGUGAAAAAUGAGAGAAUUGUAACCAAAGCAAUGGCUGAAGCUAAUGAUAGUAAGCCUAUCUCUGGGCUGUCAAUUGAUCUAAAAGGUAAGAGAGCAUUUAUCGCUGGUGUAGCUGAUGAUAAUGGAUAUGGGUGGGCGAUUGCAAAAGCUCUUGCGGCAGCUGGUGCUGAAAUUCUUGUUGGCACGUGGGUGCCUGCCUUGAACAUUUUUGAAUCCAGCUUCAGACGUGGAAAGUUCGAUGAAUCGCGAGUACUGCCAGAUGGUUCACUUAUGGAGAUCACAAAAGUAUAUCCUCUAGAUGCAGUUUUUGACAGCCCGGAGGAUGUUCCUGAAGAUAUAAAAACAAACAAACGCUAUGCAGGAUCCUCAAAUUGGACUGUGAAGGAAGUUGCUGAGUGCGUGAAGCAAGAUUUUGGCAGCAUUGACAUUCUUGUGCACUCCCUUGCUAAUGGACCGGAGGUAACGAAACCUCUGUUGGAAACAUCUCGGAAUGGUUAUCUAGCAGCUUUAUCUGCAUCAAGCUACUCUUAUAUAUCUCUACUGAAGCAUUUCGUUCCAAUCAUGAAUCCAGGUGGUGCUUCAUUAUCCCUCACGUACAUAGCUUCUGAAAGAAUCAUUCCAGGGUAUGGAGGUGGCAUGAGUUCUGCCAAGGCUGCUUUGGAGAGUGAUACACGAGUACUUGCUUUUGAAGCUGGAAGAAAGCACAAAAUCAGAGUCAACACAAUAUCUGCGGGUCCACUAAGAAGUCGAGCUGCAAAAGCAAUCGGGUUUAUUGACAUGAUGAUUGACUAUUCAUCGGUCAAUGCACCUCUGCAGAAAGAACUAUCUGCUGAGGAGGUGGGGAAUACAGCUGCCUUCUUGGCAUCACCUCUGGCUUCUGCUAUUACUGGAGCUGUUAUUUAUGUAGAUAAUGGUUUGAAUGCAAUGGGCGUGGGAGUUGAUAGCCCGAUGUUCAAGGAUCUAGAUAUUCCAACAGACAAGCACUAAAUUUGCUUGCAGAUUGGUUGAUUGAUGAUGGCCUUGCCAAGCUUAGGAAGUUUAGCCUAGAGUGUUGUUGCCUCAGCUAGUUCAUGACUCUUCUUUCCUAUUGUUGGAAUUGGUUCUAGGAGAAUGGCUUGGCUAAGCUGCCUCGAUUUUGGAUUUUGUUUCUGAUUAUGCUCACUGUAACCGCCACAAGAGGAUAGUUCCUAAACGUCCAAAUCUGGAUGCAGGCACUGUGAUAGUACGUUAUGUUUGAGAAUAUUUCUUCUUAUUCUGAGGAAUAAUUUGAACACUUAUACUUUUCCACU